UCGCUUCGUGGCCAUGGCCAUUUGCGAUACCAUGAUGGAGUCCACCACAAUGAUUCUGCUCGCCCCGGCGAUGCUGCCCGGACUCUUGACUGUUGCCGACUCGGAUGGACAGUGCGCCAGGUGUUGUUCUGGGUAAAAGACAGGGCUGCCCCUUCAAAGACAAGGUCGUCCACUCACAACCUCACGUCAGCCGUCAACCUCGUCAACUUGAUGCAUUCAUUUCCACAAUGCCCGAUAAACCUCUUCAUGGCGACGACUUUGUCCAUACACUACACAGAUAGCAAGGGACGGUGGCCAAUGGCAUGUUUGGCUGCUGUUUGAUUUCGACUCGUGGCUUCUCCACUACAUACGUACGUACAUAUUUGUAUACUCUUCAUCUGAGAGCCUGCAGCCCACAGUUGCACUGUUCGGAGAACAGCUUCCAGGGGCUUAUCGCUUGCACCCUGAGUUCUAUCGCGUCUUUCGUUCCCUACAUCGCCUUCCUAAAGAUACCCUCCC